GGUGCGCGGUGCGGUGGUGCCAUGGACCAUGGUGGCAAUGGCGCCGCAUCAGAGAGUGUGACGUAAGACGUUCGUGCGGAACCAGACCACCGAUCGCACUCGCACGGCCGGUCGUGCCUGCAUCACGUGCUUUCACUCGAAUCGGCUCAGCUCAAACAUCGCGGGUGCCUGCCCGCGCUGGCAUGGGAGAGCCCCCGCACCCGCACCCGCGGCCCGCGGCCACCUCCACCGCCGGCGCGACGUCAUGGCCGGAGCUCCUCGCGCCGUUCGACCUCUCCCGCCUCCGCGCCACGCUCUCCUCCCGCCCGCUCACCCCGCGCCGCCUCGCCCGCCUCCUCGCGCUCCCGCUCUCCCCGGCCACCUCCCUGCUCCUCCUCGACUGGUACGCGGCCUCCCACCCCGCGCUCUCGCCCUCCUCCCUCCCGCUCCGCCCCGUCCUCGCCGCCGCCGACCCGGACCGCGCGCUCGCGCUCCUCGACUCCGUCCCGCCCGCCCGCCUACCCCCGCUCCGCGAGUCCCUCCUGAUCCCGCUCCUCCGCUCCCUGCCCCCCGGCCGCGCGCUCCACCUGCUCGACCAAAUGCCCCGCCGCUUCGCCGUCGCCCCGUCCUUCCGCUCCUUCAACGUCGUGCUCUCCACGCUCGCGCGGGCCGACUGCCACGCCGACGCGCUGGCACUGUACCGCCGGAUGCUCAGGGACGGCGUGCCGCCCACCACCUUCACCUUCGGGGUCGCCGCGCGCGCGCUCUGCCGCCUCGGCCGCGCCGACGAGGCCCUCGCGCUGCUCCGCGGGAUGGCGCGCCACGGCUGUGUGCCCGACGCCGUGCUGUACCAGACGGUCAUCCACGCGCUGUGCGACCAGGGCGGGGUCGCCGAGGCCGCCACGCUCCUCGACGAGAUGUUCCUGAUGGGUUGUCCAGCGGACGUGAACACCUUCGACGAUGUCGUGCGCGGCCUGUGCGGGCUCGGGCGGGUGCGCGACGCGGCCAGGCUGGUGGAGAGGAUGAUGAUGAAGGGGUGCACGCCGAGCGUUCUGACGUACGGGUUCCUCCUGGAGGGGCUGUGCAGAGCAAGGCAGGUGGAUGAGGCGUUGGCAAUGCUGGGGAGGGUACCAGAGGUUAACGUCGUGUUGUUUAACACGGUGAUUGGUGGGUGCUUGGCUGAGGGGAAGCUGGCUAAGGCGACAGAACUGUAUGAGAUGAUGGCCUCCAAAGGCUGCCCGCCAGAUGUGCACACAUACAAUAUAUUGAUACAUGGUCUUUGCAAGCUUGGGAGGAUUGGUUCGGCUAUGCGGAUUCUUGGUGUGAUGGAGGAGAAGGGUUAUGCUCCUAAUGUCGUGACCUACACGACCUUGCUGCAUUCUUUUUGCAGGAAUGGCAUGUGGGAAGACACAAGAGCAAUGCUGGACCAGAUGUUGGUGAAGGGCUUGAUUAUGAAUUCCCAAGGAUACAAUGGAAUGAUAUAUGCGAUAUGCAAGGAUGGCAGGUUUGAUGAUGCAAUGAGGCUUGUCCAAGAGAUGAAGAAUCAGGGGUGCAAGCCUGAUAUUUGCACGUACAAUACAAUAAUUUAUCAUUUGUGCAACAAUGACAGGAUGGAGGAGGCGGAACAUCUUUUUGGAAACUUACUUGAAGAGGGUGUUGUCGCCAAUGGAAUAACUUAUAACACUCUCAUUCAUGCACUUCUGCGUAAUGGAAGGUGGCAGCAGGGCCUGAGGCUUGCUAAUGAAAUGGUACUUCAUGGCUGCUCACUAGAUGUUAUUAGCUACAAUGGGCUGAUAAAAGCCCUCUGCAAAGAGGGGAAUGUUGAUCGGAGUAUGGGGUUGCUUCAGGAAAUGAUGGAAAAGGGAAUUAAGCCAAAUAAUUUCUCAUACAACAUCCUGAUCAGUGAGCUCUGCAAAGCAAGGAAGGUACGCGAUGCACUAGAGCUCUCAAAGGAGAUGUUGAAUCAAGGACUCACUCCUGAUAUUGUGACUUACAAUACCCUCAUAAAUGGAUUGUGCAAAAUGGGAUGGACACAUGCUGCUUUAAAUCUCCUAGAGAAGCUACCCAACGAAAAUGUGCAUCCUGAUAUUAUCACAUAUAAUAUUCUCAUUAGUUGGCACUGCAAAGUCAGAUUGAUUGAUGAUGCGGCUAUGCUUCUAAACAAAGCAGUAAGUGGAGGGAUAGUUCCUAAUGAGCGAACUUGGGGAAUGAUGGUGCAAAAUUUGGUCAGGCAGCCAGCCAAUCUCGAGGUGUAUUAGAAGGUUUUAGUGUAUAUGCUGUAUGUUGUAAUGGCUGUCAUGGUUUUGGUACUAUGUGAAGCUUGGUAUGUUUUGAAGAUCAAAAUGAAGCGCAUCUUGCCUUCCAGCACACCGUUCGUCAUGCAUGUUGAUCUGAACUGUUGCAGUCUCUCAGAAUACUGAUUUAGCGUGAUAGCAAACAUAUUAGCCGAUUCUUUGAGAUAGUUCGGCCAUAAUGUUGGCAGGAAAAUGCCUGAAUGGGAAAGGAAGGGAAAGUUUCUAGUAGUGCAGUGAUCAUAUUUGUGAGUGAUACAUAAUGGACCUUUCUACCUGUCCAGUUGCACAUCCUAUCUGCAGUAUUGAACCACCCCAAGGUACAAAACUCUGAGUAGGCAAGUAAAAUAUCUAGUGGCAGAGAGCAAGCGAGGGCCCAUGAAUCACAGCGUCUCUGUGACUGUGACUCCGUGGGUUGGGUGGCGAUGGUUUGUGAACUCGUGGUAAUGUGACAAAGCAUUUCUGUGGUGGUUGAGGCGAACGUUCAGUUACCUGAGAUAUUGUCAUGUGGGUUUAAGUCGGUCCCUGGAAAUCCAAGAAAUCAUGUUGGUGGCAAAGGAAAGCAUGCCAGGCCGGGCUCCCUCAGUGCAGCACAACAUGGCUGGAGCCUGGAGGGAGCUUCCCCUCUGCUCCCAUCAUUUCUCCUCUGCGCUCCCAGCAUGGCAAGGGCGUUCACCGGGUCGGGACCAGUGACACCGGCAGCCGGGGCACCACCUCACCGUCCCUCCUAGACCAGCGCGCGGGCGCGGCUCGGGUGCAGACGCAAAGCAAGCGUGGCGACUCCGUUGCUCCCAAGGCUUCCCCAAAGCACGAUGCGCCCACGGCCGAGGCGGCGGCGGCCACAGCCCCAUAUGCGUGCGUGCGAGCGAACUGGAGGGGGAGCUGUUACCGUUCGUCGCGCUAGCUUCUUUUUUUGUUUACCCUUGGACGCCGCGGCUGUCUGCUCGAAACUGCAAACGGCUUUGCCUCGAUCUACCUGCGUUCUCGUGCGAGCGCGGGACGCAAAGCCUGUGGUCAGCCGGGCAGUAAGAUAAGAUCCUGCGGCGGCGAAGCCGAAGCCGAAGCCGAAGCCGAAGCCACUGGUCGUGCGGCUUCGGCACAACGGAGUCCGAGGACGUCGUCGGAGUCGGGAGACUUUUGGCCGUCGGAGACGGAGGGGAUACAGGCAGCACGGUGAGCGUGCGAGGCGACGCGCGCGCACGCACGCACGCGUCGGCGGCGGCCUCGGCCUCGCGUCUCGCCGCCCCUCGAGACACCACGGGCACGGCGCAGGCCUGCGCCGGUCGCUGGCGCCGCAGUGAACCUAACCUGGGGGCGUGGGUCCCUUCUCUUCUCUGAGACCUUGACCUACCCCACCUGGCAGUACGAUCUGUCACGCGUAACAGUUGUUUACUCGGUCAAAAUGCACCACCGUCUCCUUUCACCGUGUGCUCGUCUACGUGCAUACUCCAGGGCUCCGCUUACCCGGAGGGGAGGAAAUUACUACCAGUAAAAGUUGUUGGGUCCUAAAAAUAAGUUGAUUUUUUUUAACCGCGCUAACGCAAAGGGAGGCAGGAGGCGGCGAGGUAGCGGUGGGAGGUGAGCACCCACCACGCCGUCGUCAUGGGCCUGCGCGCACGCGUCGGCCUCGCCGUCGGUCGCCGCCGCCCACGCGCCUCUCGAGACGGCACGAGCGCAGCGCAGGCCUGCUGCGCGCACGCUCACCUCCUGGAACUCUAGAGGCGACGACGACCUGGCAGCGAGAUCCUGCCCGGUCAGUGACGCCGGGCCCCACCCUCGCAGUACCCGCCCCGCCACCGCCACUCCCUGCUGCGCUCAGCUCAGCUCAGCCAGCAGCAGCAGCCGCCCGGCAGUGCUCAAACCUCACUCCUCGCCGUUUCUU